AUGUCUUUUACUGGAACCUAUGCGCAGCAGUCCCACGAGAACUUUGAGGCUUUUAUGAGAGGCAUUGGUAUCCCUGAUGAGUUCAUCCAGAAGGGAAAAGAUGCCAAGACAGUGACAGAGAUUGUGCAGGACGGUAAGCACUUUGUGGUGACGGCAACUACAGGACCGAGGGUCCAACGUAAUGAGUUCACUGUUGGAGAGGAGGCGGAACUGGGAUCACUGACGAAUGAGAAGAUAAGGACCACGGUAAACCUGGUGGAUGGUAAACUGGUCGCGGACAUUAAAGGAGUCCACUCCGUCACAGAAAUAUCCGGAGAUCUCCUCAUCGAUGUUAUGACUGUAAAAGACGUCGUCUACAAGAGAAUCAGCAAGAGAGUCUGAGAGAAGAGA